UUGUCACACUGCCCGCUUUAUUCGCCAAAAUAGCCCCCUUUACAUAUGGAGUGGCGGCCACGGCGCUCAAUGAGUUGCCGAUCUCAGACAGGCUACGCGAGAUGACCGUCGUUGGAGCCGGCUUAUCGCCGUCGGUGGCGGUGGUGGCUUGUAUGGUAAUGGCGCUUGGCUAUGUUUUGGUUCUCUACGUUCCAACGUUUGUCCUCCGCCUACCUCCCCCGACGUCACUUGAAUCCUACUUAAUCCGGAGGUUCACCUGCGCCCUAGUAUUCUCUGCCAUUUCAGCCCUUGCUUCGGCUACCCUCCUUGGAGUCGAGAGAUAUAUGGAUAUCCCAGUUUUGCUGAGCUUUUACGGCAUCAGAAAGGACCACAUGUGGCAAGCUGUAGUCUUUCCACUUUUCUUGACCUCUCUCUUGUACGCGGGUUCUUUGGUGUCGAAGCUGCGGUUGCUGCUUUAUUCUUGGAGAGAACGCGGGGAUAGUUCUUGUUGUGAACUGGAUUUGUGCAAGAUUUUUGCUGUUGCUGCUCGAAGCGCAUCAGACCAUGCAUUGGCUUGUGCCCAUAAUGUGGUGGCUUGGCGCAAUUAUGUGGUGGCUCCAUUUACUGAGGAAUUGGUGUUCAGGGCAUGCAUGAUACCAUUGCUUCUUUGUAGUGGAUUUCAGACUCAAAUCAUCAUAUUUAUUGGCCCAGUUUUCUUCAGUUUAGCACACUUGAACCAUUUUAUGGAGCUUUAUUAUCUUCAAAGAUACAGCUUUUUGAAAGCUUUCUCAAUCGUAGGUUUGCAACUUGGAUAUACUGUGGUAUUUGGAUGGUAUGCAUCUUUUCUCUUCAUUCGAACAGGUAAUCUAAUAUCUGCCGUUACUCCUCAUAUAUUUUGUAACGUGAUGGGCUUACCGGUUCUGUUGUCUCCUAGGACAAGAGGUUUUUCUACCAUCGCAUUCGUUCUUGGCCUGGCUUGUUUCUCGUGGCUUCUCUUUCCUGCAUCAAGCCCUAGUUUGUACAACAAUAGCAUAGAGAGCUGUAGCUGUUGGCAGGGUUACUGUAGCUGGCAUUGAAAAUUGCUGGAGGGGGGGACAUCGGCUAUUAUGCUCCAGCAACUUAUCAGGCCACACAUUUUCUGUGGCCUCAUCCAAUGCUUCAAAGACCAUAAAUUUUAUUAUUUAUUUAUUUAAGAAGUUUAUGUAUUUUGAAUUUUCACCGAAGGCUUUAAGUCGCCCGAAGAAGUAUUUCUUUGCCUUAAAGAUGAAGAGAGGAUAUGUUCUUCGAAGAAGAAUUCGGCGAUUGAAAGCUUCAUUUGGUA